CAUUCAUCUCCAAAUGGUUUAAUGUCAUCCAGUAGCGGUGCAAAUGAUUCAAUUCCUUCUGAAGCGGCUGUUGCAAUGGCCGCUGUUAUGGGACUUCGGCAACAACACUUAAAUGCUGCCGUCGCUAAUCAACACCAUUCCGAAUCCGAUUUGUCAAACUUUAAUCUUCGUUCAGAUAGCGGUGGUGUAGGUUGUUUAAAGCAACCGAAAUUGGGAUCACCCGCCACAUCUAGUCAGCCGAACAGUCAUGAAAUGAAUUUUCCAAUGCCGCGAUUAGCAUCACCAGCUAUACCAAAUAUCCAUAGCAUAAGCGGCUUGUCGAGCUUACAUUUGAUGCAACAACAUAAUUUGAGCGGCAACGGUGAUCUCAUAUCAAAUCGCACUCGCAAUCGUAGCAACGAUUCGAGAACGCCACCGCAUACAGAAACAUCAAAACAUUGUCACACCGAAUCUAUGAACCGAAAUGAAAAAACAUCACGAAAUUCAAAUAUUAUUGAACAACAACUCAAACAUUUGAAUAAAACGAGCUCAAGCAGUAACAAUAAUAAUAAUAACAACAACAACACCAAGGAAACAUCGGAAGCAGUAAGCAGUCCGAUUGGCGAAAAGCAAAUAAAUUUUCCAAUCGUUGAUUUUGAUUCAGUUGGCGUUGAUAUUGCGAUCAAUGGGCUGCCAUUCAAAUCAUCUCUGCAUGGUUUUUUGACAUCAACAUCGCCGAACGAGGAGCCACCGUUGUUUACCGAUGAACUCAACGAUUUUGAUGAAUCGGAAGCUAGUCCGAAUUCAAAUACAAGAGAUAAAAUCAAGAUGGAACCAUUGACUGAAUGUCGAGGUCAGUAAAAAUGCGACAGCAAUGCAGCUAUAAAACAAAACCACCAUUUUCAACAAUCGUUUAUUAUUUAAUUUUCUUGUUAUUUCGUUGCUUUUGUUAAUUACCAUCGGUUUCUUGCUUUCAACA